UAAAAAACUAUAAGGAUUCAAGGCAAAUAUUCCCACUAAUUUGCUAAUUUUAAGUUUCGCGCCUUUCAGACAAUAACAAAUAAAAAAAAAUUGCUGAAAUUCUAGGGUUUCAAUCGCUCUGGACUAUUCCGAUCGUUUCAUAAGAUGAGUGGUGAUGGCACUUCAUCUGAUCAAGUUAUUGUAAAGCUUAUUGAGAUGGGAUUUGAAAAAUCAGCUGUUGUAGAAGCUGUAGAAGCAGUUGGUCCAUUGUUUGAUGAAGCUAUUGGGUAUAUUUUGAAUGGUUCCAAUAGAAACUGUAAGGGCGUGUCCACUGCCAGUAGUAGUUCGCAUUGUUUCAGAAACAAUGGGAAUGGGAAGACUCAGGUCAAAAGGGGACGUCAGUCUAGCAUAUUGGAUCAUUUUCAGUCUAAGCAAAAAAGAAGCAAAAGUGAUGUUGUAUCUGAUGGACUGGUUUCUGGGUCUGGGUCGGUGGUGUUACCUGCUGUUGUUUGCAAAGGUAAGGGGGCUUGCCUUGAUGCAAGGUGUAAUGGGAGAAAUGAGGUUCAUUUUUUGCCGGUUUUGUGUAAACAAGAGGUGGAGAUUGGGUCAGAUUGGGAGGUGAAGGUGAAUAGUCUGUUACAAAAGCAUUUUGGUUUUUCUUCAUUGAAGAAUUUUCAGAAGGAAGCGUUGGCAGCUUGGUUGGAUCAUCAAGAUUGUCUUGUACUUGCUGCAACAGGAUCUGGGAAAUCUCUGUGUUUCCAGGUUCCAGCUUUGUUAACUGGAAAGGUUGUGGUUGUGAUUUCACCCUUGAUAAGCUUGAUGCAUGAUCAGUGCUCAAAGUUGUCAAAACAUGGAGUAUCUGCUUGCUUUCUUGGAUCUGGGCAACCUGACAGCAGUGUGGAGCAGAAAGCAAUGAGAGGAAUGUAUAAUAUAAUAUAUGUUUGCCCAGAGACUGUGUUAAGACUGAUAAAACCACUUCAGAAGCUUGCUGAAAAUCGUGGAAUUGCAUUAUUUGCGAUUGAUGAAGUCCAUUGUGUUUCUAAGUGGGGCCAUGAUUUUAGGCCUGACUACAGGCGAUUGUCUGUGUUGCGAGAGAACUUCGAUGCUAACAGUUUAAAAUUCUUGAAAUUUGAUAUUCCACUGAUGGCAUUGACUGCUACUGCCACAAUUCAAGUUCAAAAAGACAUUCUAAAGUCAUUAUGCAUGUCAAACGAAACAAAGAUUGUACUCACUUCCUUAUUUCGUUCAAAUUUAAGGUUCUCGGUAAAGCAUAGUAGAACAUCUUCACCAGCUUCUUAUCAGAAGGAUUUCUGCCAGCUGAUCGACUUUUAUGUCAGAAAGGGAAAGGCCAGUGAAAAGAAAAAAACUGUUAUCUUUCCAGAUUUAGAUGAUCAGUCUGAUAGCUCAUCCACCUGUAGCACAUCUGGGGCAGACAGAACUUCUCCAAUCUACGACCUUGAGGAUGGAGAUAUUGAUGCAAAUAAUGAUAAAAUAACUUCUACAAGGGAAAAAGAAAUGUCAGUAGAAUAUCUGGAAAACGAUGUUGACAUCUUUCAGAGUGUGGAUGAUUGGGAUGUUGCCUGUGGUGAAUUUUAUGGGCAUUCUCCUUCUGAAGAUUGGGAUAUAUGUGGGUCAUCUAGGAUAACUGUUCCACCCGAUAAGCUGGAAGAAAGAGUGCAAAUCAUGCAAGAGCCUUUAGAACAAGGGCCAACCAUUAUUUAUGUUCCUACCAGAAAAGAAACGUUGAGGAUCACGGAAUAUCUUUGUAGGUUUGGUGUGAAGGCUGCUGCUUAUAAUGCUGCUUUGCCAAAAUCGCAUUUAAGGCGGGUUCACAACGAAUUUCAUGAAAACAAGCUAGAGGUUGUUGUUGCAACGAUUGCUUUUGGAAUGGGGAUUGACAAGUUAAAUGUUCGAAGAAUCAUCCACUAUGGUUGGCCGCAGAGUCUAGAAGCAUAUUAUCAAGAAGCUGGCCGAGCUGGAAGAGAUGGGAAAUUAGCAGAAUGUACUCUAUAUGCAAAUUUGUUGAGGGCACCAACACUUUUACCGAGUCGAAGAAGUGAAGAUCAAACCAAACAAGCAUAUAAGAUGCUAUCUGAUUGCUUCAGAUAUGGAAUGAAUAUUUCAAGUUGUCGAGCUAAAAUACUUGUGGAGUACUUUGGCGAGGACUUUGCUCAUGACAAAUGUCUAAUGUGUGAUGUGUGUGUUAAUGGACCUCCUGUAAUACAGAAUUUGAAAGAGGAAGCAAAAAUUUUGAUGCAGGUUAUUGCUGCUUAUAGUGUUUGGAAAAAUUCUCUGGAUGCUUCAUAUGAUGAUGUUGACAUUAAACAACAAAAAUUCAUGGAGAAGCCAAACCUCAGGAUGUUUGUCAGUAAAAUAAGGGAGGAGUCCAAAAAAUUUUUGGCAACCGAUUUGUUAUGGUGGCGAGGUCUUGCGCGAAUCUUGGAACAUAAAGGAUAUAUCCGGGAAGGAGAUGAGAAGAUACACGUUCAGAUUAAAUUCCCCGAGCCAACAGAACUUGGGUUGGAGUUUCUGCAAUCAGAUAUGGAACAAGCUUUCUGUGUUUACCCUGAGGCUGACAUGCUGCUCUCUGAAAGCAGAUGCAAAUCUUAUUCCAGCUUCUCAGAGUGGGGAAAAGGUUGGGCUGAUCCCGAGAUUCGUCGACAGCGCUUAGAAGGGAGACAAUCACACAAGAAGUCACACAAAUCACGAAAACCAAGAAAACGAAAGUCUAGAAAAUCUAAUCUAGAAUCGGGCACUGUUCGAGGUAGAUUAACUGCGAAACUCUUGAAAAAGAAGUCAUGAAUCUAGUUCAUCAGAGUUUUUGUUUUUUUUCUGUACAAUGUAUGCAUAGAAACAAUGAUUAGUUUAUCACCCUUCACUUUUAUUAAAGUUCUAAAGAUUGGAUUUUGAUAAUGUAUUCCUAGGGCUAAUCGGUAGAAGUUGCAGCCUCCAUUUGAUCAAUUAUAAUUUUUCCAUUUGCUUUGAACAUA